ACCACACAAUCCCAUCGCUCUUAAUUCCUCUUCUCUCCCAACAUUAAAGUCCACAAAGACUCUCUCUCACUCAGUCUCUCUCUCUCUCUCUCUCUCUCUCUAGCUGUGUUUGCGUGCGAGUUGCAUUGGCUAAGCCAUGGCUCGGUGUGUAGACGACACGGCUCGAGCCCUGGCGUGCCGGGACGGCCAAGCCGCGACGCACCUGAAGCUCAUAUCCAUCUGGGUCAUCUUCUUCACCAGCGUCGUGGGCAUAUCUUCGCCGGUACUACUGGCUCGCUACUUCCAAGGCAAGCCUCUGUACGACAAGGCGGUGCUGGUGAUAAAGUGCUUCGCGGCCGGAGUCAUCAUGUCCACCUCAUUGGUCCACGUCCUCCCCGACGCCUUCGACGCCCUCUCCGACUGCCGCGUGGCCUCCAGCCACCCCUGGAGGGACUUCCCCUUCUCCGGCCUGGUCACCAUGGUGGGUGCCCUUCUCGCUCUCCUCGUGGACAUCACCGCCAGCUCACACGUGGAGCAUAGCCAGGGCCCUCGCGAUCACUACGCCCCCGUGCCAGCGCUGACGCAGGAGGAGCUGAUGGAGACCAAGAAACCGGCCGAGUCGAGAUGUGAAACAGGCGAGUUGGGACCGAGUCAUGACCAGCGUGUUGACGAGUUGGUGAGACUGAAGCAGAGGCUGGUGUCGCAGGUGUUGGAGAUAGGCAUAAUAUUCCACUCGGUGAUAAUCGGAGUGACGAUGGGGAUGUCUCAGAACCAGUGCACCAUUAGGCCGCUGGUGGCUGCGCUGGCGUUCCACCAGAUCUUUGAAGGCAUGGGGCUCGGAGGCUGCAUUGCUCAGGCAGGAUUUGGGUUCGGAACGACGGCGUACAUGUGCUUUAUGUUCUCAGUAACAACGCCAGUGGGAAUUGUGAUGGGAAUGAUACUGUUCUCAGUGACAGGCUACGAUGAUAACAACCCUAAUGCCUUGAUCAUGGAGGGCUUGUUGGGGUCCUUCUCUUCAGGUAUACUCAUAUACAUGGCUCUGGUGGAUCUCAUAGCCGUUGAUUUCUUCCACAACAAGAUGAUGAACUCCAAUCAAUGGUUGAAGAAGGCUUCUUUCAUUGCCUUAACACUUGGUUCUACUGCAAUGUCUAUUCUUGCCCUCUGGGCUUGAGCUUUGAAAUUCCGUUUUGUUUGUGAAUGAUAUGAACAUAUUCUUAGCCCCCCCCCUCUCUCUCUCCAUUUGAAUCUUGGAGACAUACUUAAAAGUAGAUAGUCGAAUACGAAGCAUUUGAACA